AUGGAGGAUGAAGUGAGUUUGGAUGACAGCUUGAACGGUAUCGAUUCAGAGAGCAGUGAUGAAGAUGUCGACGAGCUGGGUGAGGGUGAGGGAGGAGAGAUCACAGCGAAAGCACUUACAGACGUGCCUAAUGAAGAGACAAGGUUUCUGGCGCAAAGCUGGGAAGAGAGAUGGAAGGAGGUCAUGGAGCUACUAGCGACAGGCAAGGCGCGAUGGGACGAGUCUGGUGAUCCACAUACCGACCUUCUGGAGGACUACAAGAAGGAGGUGUUGAAGGGGCGAGAUGAGCGCGAGAAAACAACGCCCACAAUUCUCCACAUGUUGGCGAAGAAUCUCAAAGCGAACGACUUCAAAAAUGUACCGGAUAACAUUCUUAAAAAGGUCAUCCUCUAUCUUCUCCAGCCCCGAGAGAACACUUCUUUGACCACCGAAACAAAACUUUCAGAGGAAGACCCAAUUUUAAAGGUGGCAAUGAAUUUCGACAACGACAAAUUCAUUGAUUAUAUUCUGGCCCUUGCCCCCGGUAAAUUGCCAGACCUGCUUGAUGCUCGAGAUGCGGCCCAGUCGAAUUGCCUUCACUAUGCUUUUAAGGUCCAAUUGCACAAAGUCAUACAUAAAGUUCCGAGGACCAGACAGAAAAUGCAAGUCGUGCAACCCAAGAGACCGUCCCUGACAAAUACUCUUAAAAUACUCGCGCAGUUUGUCAAGAAUGCCAAGGCUAAGACUAUCGCCGCAAUUGACAAAGAGGGGAAUACUCCUGUCCACUACGCCCUUGACUAUGAAUUAUGCUCUAUGAAAUCAAAGGCAGAGAAUUAUGGCAGAAUAGUCAAGCAUUUGAUCCUCCGAAGCGACCAACUCCGGAAGCAGAUGCCUGCCAAUGAGUUCAAUUUGAAGAAUGAGUCACCCUAUCUUUACUUCCUGCGCACCAAGAAGGAAUGGAUUGGGGAGAAUAAAAAGCCGCCUCGCGAAGAGAAGUCGAUCAUUAAGCUUCCAAAGAAAGACACUACGUCCGGGGCCAAGGAGACCAAGGAGAUCAAAGAACCAGAAGCGAUCCGCGAGAUAAACAACGAUGCUGAGACGGAUCCGCCACAGCCACUGGAAAAGGGAGCAAAAAUGCCUGGAGCAAUUGCGCCAACUGAAUAUCAGGGCGUCUCGGAAGUUCAACCCACGGGCUCCAUAUUGCAGCCACAGCGGAGAGAAAAGCCGACGACAGCACCUGGAACUAAGAAACUGAAUCAGAGCUACCCAGGAUCUCGCGUUAUCCCUCCGACGGCUGCUGAACCAACCCCUACAACCGCUAAAGCAUAUCCUGCUUCAUUGAAUGCAAACAAUACUCCUCCUGAACCUUUGGCCAGGCAAAAGACACUUACUUUUGAACACAUUCUCGCUGAGGUGCCAUCAGGCUUUGCGACUCAGCCAAUUCUUUUACCCAAGACCCAAAUUCCUGAGAAUGAGAAACAAAGUGCCCCGUCAAGAUCAAACGCAAAUACUAAAGACGCGGGGGCAGUGGCAGAGGAGAUCCGGGAAUUUCUCAAACUCCAUUACAUUCGCACAAGGUCAGAAAUGGAAGCGAAAGAACUACUCUAUGGUAAAGUGGCCUCAGACAAGAACCUGUACUUUGAUGCUACAAACCACCGAUUGAAGAGCGUCGAUCAAGUCUGCGACCUGAUCGAGAAGUUGUCAGCGAGUAAAUUUGAAGACACACUAUCCUACGUCAAUAUACCCGCUUUGAGCCACGUACAGGACAAGGCAAGCACACCUAAGCAAGAUGGCGGCUCGCAACAAGAGAAUCCAUGCCUGGGACAUAGUUCAUUAGUAUCAGUCUUUGAUAAGCUGGUGUCUGUGGAUGUGCGCAAUAUCUUACGAUUGCAUGUGGAGGACAGAGACCCAGAUGUGCCGGCCCACACUGAUGCUGCAAUCGAAAGGGCUAUUCUCGGCCAAGAGUUCUUUGGGAGCGGAAAUACUAGGAAAGAGGCCAUCAAGGUGGAACUCUGGGACUGGAAAAAAAUCGACUUGAGUAUCGAUGUCAUUCGAUUUGCUGCGCCUGAGGUGGUACAGGUCAACCUAUAUUGGAGUGGAAACAAGACCGUACUCACAGCAUGGGCCUGUGCAGAGGGAAUCCCGCUGUUGCAUCGAGUAUCACAGGGGAAAUUGAAGACUGUCAUUCUUCACGCAACUCCGGGUAUUGAGAGCCGCGAGAGAAUGAUUAAAAUGAUCGAGAAUUUCAAAAAGGAGAUCAAAGAACGGACAGAAGAGAAAGUCAAAGUUGAGCAUAGGCUUUAUAUGGAAGGCUUUCCAGUGGGCUCCAAAUUGGAUGACGAUGGUCACGCUACCGCUGGAGGGUCACAGGGUGCUCCCCAACACGAUUGGGUGGAAACAAUGGUGAAGUUUAGACAUACAUUGUCUUCUCUUCAUGGUCUGCUCGGUGACAAGGCUCCGGAGCCUCAACGCAUAAAGGUGGCAUUGAUAGAUGACGGCGUUGAUCUCAGCAAUCUGGAUACAUACGGCAAAGUCGUGAAGGCGUCAGGGCUGAGCUACUGCCCUCCGAGUAAAAGAAUGGAAAAACCGUGGCACGAAUCUACCAACGGACACGGCACCAUCAUGGCCAAUAUGAUUGUCCGCAUCAAUCCCUGGGUUUCGCUCGACGUCAUGAGGAUUCACGACAGCAAGUGGCACCACCCCGAUGGAGAAGUUCGCACCAUCAACGCGGGGAGUGCAGCAAAAGCAAUUGAGGGUGCGAUUCUCCGCCAGGCAGACAUCAUCUCCAUGUCGUGGACCAUCAGGAACCUUGCACAGAAACAGUCAGCAUCAUCCAGCAAUCAGAACGACAAGAGUGGCAAAGACGAGAUCAAGUCACCCCAGGAAAUCGCCAUCAAUGCUCUGCAGACGGCUAUUGACCGGGCAAGGGAAGCCAAGAUCCUCAUGUUCUGCUCAGCCGCAGACGACAUCAAGAUAUUGGGGAAGGACUCGCUUCCCUUCAGCCGAGCGCCAGAUUAUAUCUUCCGGAUCGGCGCAGCUCUGAACAAGGGCCAGCGUGACCCUGAAUCUGAAGACCCAAAGUCCAUGACUUACUACUUCCCCGGCAACCAGGUCGCCGAAGAAUGGAAUCCUCGCUCGGGUAAGACAGUACAGUACCACAACGGCUCGUCCGUGUCGACCGCGCUCGCCGCCGGCUUCGCCUCGCUGAUCAUGUACAUGAACAACAUGAUGCGAGCCCGCUACAAACCGAUUCGAACGGAACCAAAAGAAUACGACACCUUUGACGAAUGGGCCCGCGGGCUGAAAGAUUCCGGAAACAUGCGUAGGGCGUUUAAUAACAACAACAAUCGCCGACCCAACACCGACCCCAAGUUUCUCCCUGUCUGGAGUACCUUUGGAGAGGUGGCUGAGCGGAUCAACAACGAGAUCGAUCGUGAGCGUAAAUUGGGUGAGUUGGAGAAACUCGUCCGAUCGCUCUGUCACUGGCUUGAUAACGAUUAA